AUUUUAUACAGUUUUUUUUUCAAUAUUUUCUUCUUGUUAUUACAUAAAAAAUGGUAAAAACAAACGCUGAAGAAAUGGAAAUUGAACCAAGUCAAUUUGAAAUUAAAAAAAAAUCACAAAGAUCUAUAAGCAUCCCUUGGAUAGAAAAAUAUCGUCCUGAAGUAUUCACUGAUAUUGUUGGAAAUGAAGAUACAGUUCAAAGAUUAUCUAUAUUUGCACAACAUGGAAAUGUACCAAAUAUAAUUAUUGCUGGUCCACCUGGUGUAGGUAAAACAACUACUAUUCUAUGCUUUGCUAAAAUUCUUUUGGGUUCUUUAUUUAAAGAAGCAGUUCUAGAAUUAAAUGCUUCUAAUGAGAGAGGUAUAGAUGUUGUUAGAAACAAGAUUAAAAUGUUUGCACAAAAAAAGAUUAAUUUAUUACCUGGAAAACAUAAAAUUAUUAUAUUGGAUGAAGCAGACAGCAUGACAGAUGGUGCUCAGCAAGCAUUACGACGUACAAUGGAAAUAUACAGCAGUACGACAAGAUUUAUGCUUGCUUGUAAUAAUAGCGAAAAAAUUAUAGAACCUAUACAAUCACGUUGUGCUAUGGUGCGCUAUGGAAAAUUAACAGAUGUGCAAAUCAUUGUAAAGAUUAGAGAUGUAUGUAAUAAAGAGAACGUUUUAUAUACAGAUGAUGGUUUAGAGGCUAUUGUAUUUACUGCCCAAGGAGAUAUGCGUCAAGCUCUUAAUAAUUUACAAUCAACAGUAAAUGGAUUUAACGCUGUUACAAGUGAGAAUGUUUUUAAAGUUUGUGAUGAACCUCAUCCAUUACUUGUAAAAAAUAUGUUAGAAUUGUGUAUGAAGGGAAACAUUACUAAAGCAUAUGAAAUUUUAAAGCAUUUAUCAGUAAUGGGAUAUGCUCCUGAAGAUAUAAUAAGUAAUAUAUUUAGAGUUGCAAAAAAUAUAAAUAUGGAUGAAAAUUUGAAACUUGAUUUUAUUAAGGAAAUUGGCUUAACACACUUGGGAGUCAUAAAUGGAAUCAACAGCUUUUUACAAUUAAACAGUCUGAUUGCUCGAUUGUGUCAUAUAGCACUAAAUACUACAGAAAGUUAAUUUAUUGUUAUUUAAUAUAUAUUAUAAUCUAAGAAUUUU